AAAAAAAUAAAAAAAAACAUUUGUCAAAAAUGGCGGCCAAGUCAAAGAAUCGGCUGCCUAAAAUUGAAAAUAAGUUGUUGAAAUUAGAUAAAUUGGAAUUAAAAGAUGUUCUAUGUCCAAUUUGCCAAUCAAUUUUAAUAGAGCCCGUAACAUUGCCCUGUUUCCAUGAUUUUUGUCAACAUUGUUUUAGUGGAAGCGUAGAAUAUAAUGCUUUGUGUUGUCCUCUCUGUCGAUUACGAAUUGGAUCUUGGCUAAGGACAGCAACAAAACAUAAGAAUUUAGUGAAUGUCCAGCUCUGGAACUUCAUCAAAUCAAAAUUUCCUGCCGAAGUUACUAAGAAAACGAAUGGAGAAGACAUUGAUUUACCGGAAGAAACGCCUUUACCUCGACUGAGUGCGCAGGGAGAAAUCAGGUCGGAAUAUGAAGCUGAAGUUAAAAGGCUAAAGAUAGAAAGAUUAGAACGAGAAAGAAAACAGUUGCUUGAGACUGAACUUUUAAUAAACAAAAUUAAACAAGAAGAGGAGGAAGCAGAGAAAAAGAAUUUGGAGAGACUAAAACAAGAUGAAAUGCUAGCUCAAGAAAUACAAAAUGAGCAGUUACAAAUUCCUGAACCACAGCCAAGCACACCGCGAAGGUCUAUCAGGAAUACACCUAGACCUAGGCUAAAGGCAACCAAAAUCGAUAAAUACCUAAAGAUAAACACCGCUAAGGUUAAAAAUAGUCCGUUUUGCCUGAACAAUACAAGUUCAGACAGUUGUAUGUCAAAAACUACAACAGUUUCAACUAGUACAUCCACCAGCAGCGGUUCUCCAGAGAUGGUUCCUAGAUAUGGACGUAAAAAUGUCGUAGAUAAAAAAGUUAAACUUGGAACUAAUCUAUGGAAUAAAGAAAACGGGGACAGUUCAAAAGAAAAGAAAGAUGAUACAGAGGCCGCUGCUAAAGAAAAGGAAGAUAAAGGCAAAGGAAAAAGAAAAAAUGCUGGGCCAUCAUUACUGGUUUCUUUGCCCUUGCCAUGUAUACCUGGCAUUCCACAACAGAAGCCCCAAGUCCCUGAUAGAAAUGUAGACUCUAUCAGUGUAGACUCUAUGGAGGAACUGUGCUUUUUUAAACCCAUUAAAAGAACAACUGUUACCAAAGUAAGCGCUGGCAAGGGUUUUCCUUUGCGCAUACCAUCCGUUCACGCCGAUAAGAAACCUUCACUUUCCCCUGAGCCGCCGCCAACACGUGACCAGUAUUUGGAAGCCCUUUGCAAUCUUCGGAGUCUAUCACUUUCGAAUAAUUUGCCAUCAGCAUUCGUUCUUACAUUAGAUAUACUGAAAAAUGAAACGGAGGAUCUUGAUAAAUAUGAAGCUAACCUUAAAUCUAAAGCUAAAAAAGAAUCUAACAAAAGUAAAGUAACGAAACAAGUAGACGGUAUUACAAAAUUAAAUAAUGAAACUAAUUUGAGACGCACCAGAUCAGUGAGCAGCAUAACUAAAGACGAGAAUGAAACGACUCCCAAGAAAUCAAAAGUGAAACAAAGGAAAGUAUCAUCAGAAAGAAAACCGCGCUUGAAGAGUAAUACGAAAAAAGUAAAUCCUAGCAAUGAACACAGUAGUCCACUUCUAAUGACUGAGUCAAUAAAUAACAACAGAGUUAACUUAGCAGUCAAAAAUUUGUCUAGUCCAUUGGAUAACUGCGAUGUUAAAGAAAUAUUGCAGGAACAAAUUAGAGUUAAAAAUCUACUUGAACAAGAAAGCGAUUUCGAGUUAGCACGAAAAAUUGAAGCGGAAUGGAAUUCUAGAAGACUACCAAGGCGGGCAGCUAUCAAACGUCAAGUGACGGUCAACUAUCCUCUGAGACCGACAAAAAAAUUAAAAGUGUGAUAAUUUGUUGCCAAUACAAUUAUUUUCAAAGCAGGGGAAUUCAGAUUGAAUUGUUUAUUUUUAAUUUUAUCAAAUUGAUUGAAAGUUAUUAUUAUUAUUGUCACACGAACUUUUAAUUCAUCACGCAGUUGAAUAUGUUUUUAAAAAUUAAUUAAUCCACUUCUCGGAUUGGUUUAAAUUUCAAAAUGUAUAUUUUUUCUUUCUUAUACAGGUGUGCCGAUAAGAUAACCUCUUUUUUUCUCACCGAUUAUUUAAGGUAUAUUUAAAUUAUAUGUUUAAGUAGAUGUUGUAAUACGAUCUAACUAGUGAUGAAAGUAAACAAAGAAAAGUCGAAAAUUGGUCGCUUCAUUCGAUUGAAUAAUUUUCAAUGACUGCUGUAACGGUUUCAAAUAUUUGUAAUAAUGUAUGUAAACUUGUGGUAAAUGAAUGGUAUAAAAUAUCUUAUCUUCUUGACACUACUACUAUUACCCGAAAAGAUAUUUUCUUUCAAUCUAAUUGCAAAUAAUGUUUGUAAGGUCUGCUAUAGAAGUUCCUACAGUUAAAUUGUAAGAUUUCAAUAUAAAUAAUCUUUCCAAUGUUAUGUGUGUACGCGAAACCAAAGCAAAUCAAUUCAUAAAAUAAACAUAUUUUUGUAGAAUUUUCCCAUUAUGUUUUAGUUGCGGUACGUGCACCUCGCCUUCAUAGUAGGUACCUACAUAAUUAGAAUUUGAUUCGGAGAACUAAAAUUUUACGCUGUUUUACAUAUAAGUAUAUCGAACGUUCUAUUAAAAUAUUGAAACCCUUGGAAGUCAAUAAUACCAUCGUGUCAAAACCAAAUUCUCGGAAGAAUUGCGUUUUAUAAAACUUAAGUAGUCUGCUGCAAAAUUUUGUUUGUGGCCCCAAUUAGGUUUUAACAGAAUUUUGCGUUGAAGCUAACCUGACGAGGAUAAAAAAAAAUAUUCUUAAAACACUGGGAUUUCCCAGUGAUUUUGAGAAUUAAAGGUUCAUUAAUUCCUACUCGAAUAUCAAGAUCUUAUAUUUAUUUACCGUACGAUUUUGUUGAAGACUCUUCCUCGAGCAAGCAGCCUUGAGCAUUCGUUCUAUACUUACAUGUUCGGCGCACGAGGUCCGGAGGGAAUUUGCAAAGAUUUAUGAAUAAUUUACAUAAAAAUCAAUUUUAGGUCUUUUUGAAAAUUUAAGACUACAAAAAUAUUCUUUAUUAAAUUGUUUUGGUUGCAAAUUAAAAUGAUAUUUUUUUUUCUGUUUUAUAAAUUUUGAGUAUAUAGCUUCUAAAAAUACGAUUAGCUCGCCGUUUUGUUGGGGGAGCACCUUAACAGACAAUUUUGUCCAAGGUUAUUACAUGAUGAAGAAUAACUAACUUUCCUGAAUUUCUAUUGUAAUAGAGUCUUGCGGACUGUAUCUCAUCUUAAAGCUGAUAAAAAAAAUAUAGCAAUCAGUGAGUGAAAUAAACUCUAAAAAGUU